AGGUUCUCAGAGUUUCAGACCAGUUCCUCUCCGCCGGCCCACCGUCCUCCGUCUGUCAUGCCCAGCAGCCAGGCCCGAAGCCGGGCCAGAGACCGGAACAAUGUUCUGAACCGGCCAGAGUUCAUGUCCCUGAACCAGCCCAGCCAUAGGGAGCACUCUGCUGGGGAGGGACGGGCCGGCGGUCCAAGGAGACCCGUGCUGAGACAGCAGAGUCAGCAGGACGACAUAGCAGGGAGGGGGUCCAGAGACUCCACUGAUGGAAGCCAAGCAGCAGACGGGGGUCCAAAGGAGGGGUCCCGCUGGCCGGAGCAGGACUGUAUGCAGCUCAACCCAACCUUUCGAGGCAUCGCCAUCAACUCUCUGCUUGCCAUUGACAUCAGCCUCUCUAAACGUCUUGGGAUGUGUGUGGGGUCUCAUGGCCCCGGGGCCCCGCUGCGCUCUAUGGUGACUCUGCUGGCCCUCACAGGACACGCCCUGCCCUGGAUCUUUGGGACUCUGAUAUGUCUGUGGCGGAGCAACACGCUGGCUGGACAGGAAGUCCUUGUCAACCUGCUGCUGGCCCUGAUCCUGGACCUGAUGACAGUUGCUGGGAUGCAGAAGUUGAUCAAGCGCAGAGGACCGUGGGACUUCCCUCCAGGGUUUUUGGACUACAUUGCCAUGGAUAUGUAUUCCUUCCCAGCAGCCCACGCUAGCCGAGCUGUCAUGGUGUCCAAGUUCCUGCUAAACCACCUGGUGCUAGCGGUGCCGCUGAGGAUCCUGCUCUACCUGUGGGCCUUCCUGGUUGGCGUCUCUCGGGUUCUGCUGGGCAAACACCACAUCUCAGACGUUGGCUGUGGAUUCGCUCUCGGGUUCCUGCACUUUAGCCUGGUGGAGUCUGUAUGGUUGGACUCUGCCACGUGUCAGACCCUCCUCUCCAUUGGCACCCUGCAGUGGACUCCUUUGGUUUAGAAGCGGUUCAAACUGGUUCAAAUGGUGAAAAGAUUUCUACAGACUGGUUUUUAUAGAUAGUAUUGAAUUGUGCCCUUAUUUCUGAGUAAACUGUGAUCAGAGAUUCUGGUUUAAACUGGUCUUAACUGAUUAGACUUCCUGUAGCUGGUAGAAACCAGUGAAAAUGGUUCUAAUCUGGUUUGAACCAUUUCGGAAUGGUUCCAUUGCUGUACAUGUAACAGCUAAUUUAACUGGUUUCACAGACUUAUUAGGAAAACCAGUUUUGUCCAGUAUGGUGCGGUUGGUUUCCAUGGUUCCUACCCUCUGUUUGAAACACUCAAGGCUAAAUCUGUUCCAUUCUGGUCUAAACCGCUUUAAUCCAAGUACAGCUGGUUUGAGGCAUUAAAUGGCCGGCCAGGGAUACUUUUUAAAGUUUUAUUGUAUUAUGUUUUUGAAAAUCUGGUUAGAACUGGUUGAAUCUGGUAUGAACUGGAUUAGUUAAAGCUGUAACUUUUGAUUCGAUGUCUUAACACCUGUUAGCAAUAGCUGUGACGGUUGAAUGAUGGAGAUGCAGCUCUGAGGGUAAAGGUUAAAUGAGUCUCGUUUCUGGGAUUAAACAUUUUUAUUUGUUGUGGUUAGUGCAGUGAUGGUGGGACAGAUCACUGACAUAAAGUGUUUAUGUUCAAACUUUCUGAUUUUAAUUCUGCUAAUAUUUAAUUUUGCAAAAUAAAAUGCUCAAACUCCAGAUUGUCUCU